UAUGAGACGAAAAACCGCGCGCGUACCGCUUUGAACUAACAAAAUCCGAUUUAGAAAGCAGUUUGACGUCACGUCGGACAGUGAACAGCAGCAAACUCACGGUAAAACGUUUGUUUACUUUUAGUUUUCGCAUUUUGACACCCCGGAGGCGGACAAAUUUGCGUUUCAUUGCUACAGAUUAGUCUAAUACUGAUUUGGGCAGCCACUGUGCUGUUGGUUCGAUUCCGUAGUUGACUGUAAACAUAAAUCUGACGUUCUGAACCAUCGUCAUGGAUGACAAAUCGCCGGAGCCCAAUGCUGAUACAUUAUCAUCAGCGCAUGAGACAGUCCAGCGAGAAACUGUGGUGUCCCCGAUGGAAAGUUCGGAUUCUUCUUCCAGUGCAAGCACAUCCACUCCUGGAGAACCUAGCACCAGUGCUCCCCGUCCAGUCAGCGUGAAUUCGAAAGACUCUACGGAGCACGCAACAAGCUCUGAAGGAGACUCAAAGAGCGCUCCAGACCAUGACGGAGCUUCGAAAUCCGACGAUCCCGCCGCAGAGGAAGCUGCUGCAAAGAAAGCCGAGGCGCAGAAACAGAAAGCUGCAGCCCAGGCUGCGCACGAUACUCGAACAGUGGCCGAUCGAGCUAAGCGUUUCGAUUAUCUCAUCAGUCAGGCUGAUAUCUUCGCGCAUUUCAUGGCGGAUCGAAAGCAGUCAGCGUCCUCCGUCGGCGGCUCUAGCAGUGCGGAAGGCUCGGUGCAGCCUAAGAAGCGCGGUCGGCCUCGGAAGAAUGCUGAACCAGCCAGCGUUCUUGCUCCGCGCCCCACAGGCUCGACGGACGCGGGAGAUCACCGUCAUCGUAUGACUGAACAAGAAGAGGAUCUGGAACUGCGUAAAGAAACUGAGGAAUCUCAACGAGCAGGAACAUAUUUUACCAUUACUCCGGGAUAUAUAAAAGGCGGAGAAAUGCGCGAUUAUCAGAUUCGCGGAUUAAACUGGAUGUUAGGACUGUGUGAGCACGGUAUUAACGGGAUUCUUGCUGAUGAAAUGGGUUUAGGGAAAACUCUACAAACGAUUUCCUUGCUGGGAUACAUGGUGGUGAUGCGGCAGGAACGGCCUCACCUUGUCGUUGCGCCAAAAUCUACACUGAGGAAUUGGAUGUCGGAAUUGAGGCGCUGGUGUCCGAGCAUACGCCCAGUCGAACUCAUUGGAACUCAAGAAGAACGAGACGAAGUUAUCAAGAACACAUUGCUGGCACCCGGGAGCAAUUUCGAUGUCUGUGUGACUUCCUAUGAGAUGGUUUUGCGCGAACGCACUGCAUUGAAACGUGUUCACUUUCGCUAUUUGGUCAUCGAUGAGGCACAUCGCAUUAAGAAUGAAAAUUCCAAGUUAUCUGAAAUUGUCCGAGAAAUUAAAUGUACAAACCGGCUCUUAUUAACUGGAACACCGCUACAAAACAACCUUCAUGAAUUGUGGGCUCUGCUCAAUUUCCUCCUGCCUGAUCUCUUUGCAUCUGCUGAGGAUUUCGAUGCGUGGUUUAAUACCAACAAUUGCUUGGGUGAUCAGAAUUUGGUUCAGAGAUUGCAUGCUGUUUUGCGACCUUUUCUCUUGCGCCGUAUCAAAGCCGAUGUGGAGAAGCGGCUCCCACCGAAGAAAGAAACCAAGAUUUACGUGGGACUGAGUGGCAUGCAGAGGGAAUUAUACACUAAAUUGUUAAUGAAGGAUCUUAACGUGCUGAACAGUGGAAAAGGGGAUAAAAUGCAGUUGUUGAAUAUUCUGAUGCAGCUAAGAAAGUGCUGCAAUCAUCCGUACUUAUUUGAUGGCGUGGAACCUGGACCGCCCUACACUACCGAUCAGCAUAUCGUUGAUAAUUGUGGCAAAAUGGUUAUCUUGCAAAAACUCCUGCCAAAGCUGAAAGAACAGGGGUCUCGGGUUUUGAUAUUCUCGCAGAUGACGCGGAUGUUGGAUAUUCUGGAAGAUUACUGUCGUUGGGAAGGGUAUCAUUACUGUCGGCUGGACGGAAAUACUGCACAUGAUUUGCGGGAGUCUCAAAUUGAAGAGUAUAACGCACCGGACAGUGUUAAGUUCAUUUUUCUGCUGAGUACCCGAGCCGGUGGAUUGGGUAUCAAUUUGGCCACUGCCGAUGUGGUUUUGAUGUACGAUAGUGACUGGAAUCCUCAGGUUGAUCUCCAAGCCAUGGAUCGUGCACAUCGUAUUGGACAGAAAAAAGUAGUGCGUGUAUUUCGCUUCAUCACGGAAAACACAGUGGAAGAACGAAUUGUAGAAAGAGCAGACAAAAAGUUGCAUUUGGAUCGCAUCGUUAUUCAACAAGGUCGGCUGGUUGAUCAGGGAGCUAAUAAACUUGGUCGUGAUGAUAUGUUGGCCAUGAUUCGUCACGGAGCACAGUAUGUGUUCAGCAGCAAGGAUAGCGAUAUCUUGGAGGAAAACAUCGAUGCUGUUUUAGCGAAAGGAGAGGCUAAGACGGAAGAGUUGCAAAAGCAAAUUGAGAAGCUGGGUGGUGAUGGGAAUCUGCGUAAUUUCACACUGGAUGUGGAAGAUCCGGCGAUGAAACACAACUCAGUGUAUCAGUUUGAAGGCGAGGACUGGCGCAGUAAGAAGGCGCAGCUGAAUGCCCCGUCUCAUUGGAUUGAGCCACCUAAACGCGAGCGCCGUGUUAAUUAUGCUGUGGAUCAGUAUUAUCGUGAUGCCAUGAAGCAGCAUGGAAGCACCUCUAAAGUUCCAAAGGCUCCCAAACCGCCAAAGCAGCCGAAUAUUCAUGAAUUCCAGUUUCAUCCGCGGAGAUUGCAUGAAUUAAUCCAACAGGAGCGGCGCUGGUUUCACAAAACCAUUGGCUAUCGCGUGCCACUGGAUUCGCGUUAUGGUGACGAAGCCGAAGAGAUCCGUGACGAGGAACAGCAAGCGAUAGACGAUGCAGAGCCGUUGGACGAAGAAGAAAGCGAAGAAAAAGCGGCGCUGCUGGAGCAGGGUUUUGCUUGGAAUAAGAAAGACUUCGCAGCAUUCCUAACGGCGAUGGAAACAUAUGGGCGAAAUGACCUGGCCAGUAUUGAGAAUGCUGUGCCGGGAAAAACGCCCGAAGAAGUUAAAAAGUACCACAAAGUGUUUUGGAAAAGAUGCAAAGAGCUGCCGAAUUAUGACAAGAUCACUGCCAUGAUUGAGAAAGGCGAACAACGCAUUCAGCGUCGCGUGGAUAUUCAAACGGCCAUGGACGCCAAAAUGCAGAAGUACCGUUUGCCGAUGGUCCAGCUGAAGUUUCAGUAUGGGAACAGUAAAGGAAAAUCCUUUAACGAAGAUGAAGACAGAUUCAUGAUUUGCCAUUUGCAUCGUAUUGGUAUUGAUAACGAAAAAGCUUAUGAGGAAAUCGCUGAAUUGGCCCGGAAAUCUCCUCAGUUUCGCUUCGACUGGUGGAUGCGUUCCCGGACAGCUGGUGAUCUGCAGCGACGUUGUAAUACAUUGGUUGGUCUGAUUGAAAGGGAGAUACUGGGUGAUGACGAGAAGGACCGGAAACGCCGAGGACCACGGCUCCUGCCUAGUCUGCAGACACCGACGAAGCUAGUUCUGACUGCCGUCAAACGCGACCGGUCGGCCAAGUCGGCGGAUAGUCUGAUUGUGAAGAAACGCAAGGAGACGAAAGUUACCGGAACACCAGUGACGCCAGUGGUCAAACCGAGUCGCACUAGUGCUCGUAAUGCAGCUAAGAAGUACCGUGAUGAUUAGUUUUUCCAUGGUCUUUUGAUAGAACUGGAACCAAUCUAUUCCAACACAGUAAAAAUGGUUAUGGUAAAAGUACGAAAUCGCCGAUUACCUUCGUUGCUUUUUUCGUUGCCUGUUCAGUGUGAUGCUAUGAUUGACAUGAUUGAUCAGGUUCUUGGCUGGCCUGCUGUGCUUACAUUGUUGUUAUCGAAAAGUUUGAUUAAAACUCGAU